CCCGGGCCUCACCACUGCCGUGGCUUCCAGGGAGGAGGGCCGUCCCAGCCCGACCAGCUGCCAGGCACCCAUCUCGGGCAGACGAAACAUGAGCAAGAAUCCCAAGGAAAUGAUCCCACUGAUGGGCAAGAAAACGAGCGCCCCCAGCACAGCCCCCACGUGCCCGCUGGAGAGGAGGCCUGCUGAGGUCACGCCCACAAAGAAGAGCACCCAUUUCUUUCUUGAAAUUGAAGGCUUCGAACCCAACCCGGCCGCCAACAAACCUUCUCCUCCUGUCUUCCCUAAGCCCAUGGACUCCAACAUCCGCCAAUGCAACCCUGGGAACUGUGAUGACAUGGACUCUCCCCAGUCUCCUCAGGAUGACAUCACUGAGACCCCCUCCAAUCCCAACAGCCCGUGUGUCAGUCUGGCCAAAGAGGAGCAGAAGAAAAACAGAAAGAGGCUGAAAAAACGCAUCUUUGCAGCGGCAGCAGAGGGCAGCAUGGAGGAGCUGAGCGGACUUCUUGGCGAGCUCAGGGAGCUGUCCAGGAGGCGCCGGACCAUGGACCCGCUAGACUACCUGAUGCACAAACUCACAGCCUCUGACACUGGGAAGACGUGUCUCAUGAAGGCCCUGCUGAACAUUAACCCCAACACCGAGGAAAUUGUGAGGACCCUGCUUGCCUUUGCCGAAGAAAAUGACAUAUUGGAGAGAUUCGUCAAUGCAGAGUACACAGAGGAGGCCUACAGAGGACAGACGGCCUUGAACAUCGCCAUUGAGCGCAGACAGGUGGCCAUCACCGAGGCCCUGAUCGAGAAGGGAGCUGAUGUCAAUGCCCACGCCAAGGGUUUAUUCUUUAACCCCAAGCACAAGCAUGAAGGCUUCUACUUUGGUGAAACGCCCCUGGCUCUGGCUGCCUGCACAAAUCAGCCAGAAAUUGUCCAGUUGCUGAUGGACAACGAAAAGACCGACAUUGCUUCCCAGGACUCGCGGGGAAACAACAUCCUGCAUGCACUGGUGACGGUGGCCGAAGACAGUAAGACGCAGAAUGACUUUGUCAAGGAGAUGUACAACAUGAUUCUCCUGAGAAGCCAGGACCCAGAGCUGGAGACUGCACAGAACAAGGAUGGCCUCACACCUCUCCAGCUGGCCGCCAAGACGGGAAAGUCGGAGAUCCUCAAGUAUAUUCUCAGCCGGGAGAUCAAGGAGAAACCUCUCAGAAACCUGUCUAGAAAGUUCACAGACUGGGCUUACGGGCCCGUCUCAUCCUCCCUCUACGACCUCAACAACGUGGACACUACCACAGACAACUCAGUGCUGGAGAUCAUUGUUUAUAACACCAACAUCGACAACCGCCAUGAAAUGCUGACCCUUGAGCCUCUGCACACCCUGCUGCGAAUGAAGUGGAAGAAAUUUGCCAAAUACAUGUUCUUCACGUCCUUCUGUUUCUAUUUCUUUUAUAACAUCACCUUGACCCUGGUUUCUUACUAUCGGCCACGGGAGGAGGAGGUGCUGCCACACCCACUAGCCCUGACGCACAAGAUGGGGUGGCUGCAGCUCAUCGGAAGGAUGUUUGUGUUGAUCUGGGCCACGUGCAUCUCUGUGAAAGAGGGCAUCGCUAUCUUCCUGCUGAGGCCCUCAGACCUGCAGUCCAUCCUCUCAGAUGCCUGGUUCCAUUUUGCAUUUUUCAUCCAGGCUGUGCUGGUGAUACUCUCUGUCUUCUUGUACCUGUUUGCCUACAAAGCGUACCUGGCCUGCCUGGUGCUGGCCAUGGCUCUGGGUUGGGCCAACAUGCUCUACUACACACGAGGCUUCCAGUCCAUGGGCAUGUACAGCGUGAUGAUACAGAAGGUCAUUCUGCACGACGUUCUGAAGUUUCUGUUUGUCUACAUCGUCUUCUUGCUUGGGUUCGGCGUGGCCCUCGCCUCCCUCAUUGAGAAGUGUCCCCACAAGGACACCGAGUGCAGCUCCUACGGAAGCUUCAGCGAUGCCGUGUUGGAGCUCUUCAAGCUCACCAUCGGCCUGGGAGACCUCAACAUCCAGCAGAACUCCAAGUACCCCAUCCUGUUCCUCUUCCUCCUGAUCACCUACGUCAUCCUGACCUUCGUCCUCCUCCUGAACAUGCUCAUCGCCCUGAUGGGGGAGACGGUGGAGAACAUCUCCAAGGAGAGUGAGCGCAUCUGGCGUCUCCAGAGAGCCAGGACCAUCCUGGAAUUUGAGAAAUUGCUGCCUGAGUGGCUGAGGAGUAAGUUCCGUAUGGGAGAACUGUGCAAGGUGGCCGAUGAGGACUUCAGGCUGUGUCUGAGAAUCAAUGAAGUGAAGUGGACAGAAUGGAAAACUCACGUCUCCUUUAUUAAUGAAGAUCCGGGGCCCAUACGUCGCCUAGAUUUCAGCAAAGUCCAGGACUCCUCCAGAUACAACAGCAAAACCACCCUCAAUGCAUUUGAGGAGAUGGAUGAAGUUCCUGAAACCUCAGUGUAGUCGGCAGUGACCAGUGUCAAGCCUGCUGCGAAGGGGCUUCAGUCCCCCACGACCUAAGUCCUUAGGAAGAUGGUUUUGCCCCGUGGGCCAGGACCUGUGGGCUGGUGGAUGGCACCAUCCUUGGGACCUGUGGGGUGUGCCAGUCCAUCUGGAGGGAGGGGCCCAGCAGGCCACGCCCAAGUCUGAGGCUCUGCAGGUCUGCCUCCAUAUCUGGCUUUGUUCACUGGGUGAGACCUUCUGCCAUAGGUUACUUGGUAAAAAGGCCUGUCUGGGGCACCAACCUGGCCCAGCCACCAGGGGCCUGAGCUGAGGUCUGGGCAGAUCCAGGGUCUCUAGGUACAGUGGAGCCAAUGGGGGUGGUGGGGGUCCCAGCCUCCUCCCCUAUGUUCACGUUGCCCUCCCAGCAGGCACAGGACCUGGGCCCCAUGAGGGCUGGGGAAGGGGGGACCUCCAGGAGUCCUGGGGAGGGGCUGGGCCACAGUUGUCCCAUCCCUGUCCAAAUAGAGUAACCCUGUAAGCCAGCAGAGAUAGUCAUAAUGAGCCUCAUGCUUAACAUAAGAGACAUUUCAUUUUGGAGUCAGAAGUACUUCAUGGAGACCUGGUGGUAAGGAAAGCCCCCAGCUGCAGGUUUCCGGCCUCUAGCUUUGCUGCCCCUGGGUCCUACCAGUCUUCCCCGGCUCCCAUGGCCUGGCACCGCUUCCCUGACCUCCUGGGGCCUCUUGGAGCCUUAGAAAGACAAACCCCAAAACUGUCUAAGGAAUCCAGCAGGGAGGUUCAGGGGCUUCGGGAAGACACCUUAACAGGGUGGGGGUGGGGGGAGAUUCUUUAAUUAAUUUCGAUUCAGCAGACACCAUCCCUAUUGUGUGCAUGGCAGCACGCUGGUGGGGGCUCUUGCCCACAAGAACGUUCACUGCUCUUUCCCUUUGCUGCCUGGGCUCAUUCCUUUACUCCCCACCCCCACCUCACCCCAACCUUUACUUACACUUAGCAGUUAAGCUGUGAUAUUUUCCCUCCAUCCUGGACCCUACUCAAAGUGAAGUCACUGCCCAGUGGAUGGCUGCAGGGCUAUGCAGACCCACACUGGGCAGCCUGCAUCCCACCCCUCUGUGGAGAGAGGGCUGAGGUCAGGACCUCUAAUCUACUCAUCCAGGGAGACCAGGGGGCUGCCUGCAUCCAGGGACAGGUAGCUGAUGACUUGGUAUCAGAGCCAGGAUGGCAGACAGGAGACAGUCUCCUGGGGCUGGGUAGGUCGUGGCCUUCAGGGGUUCCUCAAGGUGGUUACUACUGACCCAGAGGGCCCCUCCCACAUUUGCAGAGCACAGCCCAGAUUGUCAUCACUCACCUGUAGUGCUGAUCCACAGGGAGAAGGGAGUGAGCAUUUAUUCAAUGCCUACUGUAUACCAGCCCCUGCCCUAAGCACUUUAUAGAUAUGCUCUCAGCAGUUCCAGCUGGGACAUCUGAAGGCUGGGUGCUUAUGGACCUCCCCAGCUUUGACCUCCCUUUCUGGGGAGGCCUUCCUGUCCGAGGGUGAAGGAGGGCUCCCUGUGUAGAUGUCCUGGGGAGGUGAGGAAGCUGCCAUAUUACAUACUCUGUAAGGAGCCAAUGCCCCCCCUUGUGUUUUUGUAUUUGUCUUUAAUCAACUUUACAGGCACCCCUGAUGUUGCUGGGAGGGGGUGCAGGAGGUGAAGGAGAUGUUAUACUGUGAACUGACCUCUUGGAGGGUGAAAAAGUCAAGUGUUCCCUGCCCCGGGUUGUGGCCUUCCCUGGUCCCUGGAGCCCAAGGCCACCAGGCGCUCGGCCAUGAGCCAAGCCUGCCUUUCACAUGAACCUCACGCGGCCAGAACAGGCCGGGGCCAUCGGCUGUUCACUUGACUCUGACGGAUAUAUCUCAACAACAGACCCCAGAAGGGACGUCCGGGGGUCUCUGUGGGCACUCUGAGGUGGCCAUGUCCUGGGGAAAUGCC